UACUGACUAACCAAUUCUUGCUUUUUUCUUUUUCCAUUUAUAUUAGUUAUCAGUGAGUAAUUCCCUUAGUUAUGACUGCCUUUUUCAGAGUUGCUUAAUCUUAGUCUGUAUUUGCUCCACACCCUAUUCAUGAUCAUAUUCUUUCACCAUCUUCUUAGUGUUCCACAAACCAGUUGGCAUUUCUAGCAACAAAUGUUAGAGGAAAACUAGCAGCCUGGACUCUUUUGGGUUUCUAGAUGAGAAGCUUGGGAUAAUUCUUUGUAGUUGAGGAAUGAAUGAAAGCCAAUCAGGCUCUGCAGUAUAGGAGAGGAAAAAAUAAGUGAAAUGCCAUUUUCCUCAUUUCGCUGACAUACUUUUCUUUCUUCAUAGCACCUGAAAUGGAUAGAAGUUGCAGUUUUUGUUACUUCCCAUGAGUUUGUAUGUCUGGAAUGAAAACAAUGAAAUUAAUCUAGAGUAGGACAUUUGUAAGGACAUGGAAUGGCAUUGGGCAUCACCAGGAGGACCGGCAAGGAAUAUCUGAGGAUUAUCAGAAACACUAGUAGAGAAAUCUUUUAAAUUUCUUCAAGCAGGGGAAAAAGUGAGUAUUGUUUCAAAUUAAGCAACAUCUACAGUGAAGAGAAAUCGAAUAAAGUCUCAAAUAUAACAAAUCUGUUACUUAACAUCCUAAUGUAAAUUUAGAACAAAAAAAAUGAAAGGUCAAAUCUUUUUAAAAAUGUUUAACUAUGAUAAAAUAUUUUUAAAACUUUUGGACUGAUCUCUAAGAAUGGCCAUGACUCUGAAACUCAGUAAUUCCGAAAUAUGGAAAAGCUUCAGUGAAAAAUAACACUUAAGAAUAUACCAGACGUACACAAGGAAGAAGUUCUGAGAGUGGGACAAGUACCACUAACAAAUUUUUAUAUACUUAGAGAUUACCUCGGUAAACAUAAGAAGUUAAAGCUCCGUCACUGAGAAUGCUCCAUUGAAUGUAAUAAAUGGGAGAUUUCUUCACAUGGACAACAGAACCCAUUAACGUUCUUUUUCACGUAAAGAUACUAAACAGUUGUUCAGGAAUGCCAGCUCUCCAGAUAUCCCAAUGUUAGGAUAGCGUGGACUCUUUAUCCAGGUGGAUGGCCUGCUGCCCAGUGAACACUACAUAUGAGCACCACUUUUGUUUCUGGCAGUGAGAGGGAAAUACACAACAUUGAAUUUGGAGGAGAAAAUGAAGGUUCUCAGUAGGAUUGAAUCCGGACGAUCUCUUAAAAGUGUAAUGGAUGAAUUUGGAAUCAGUAAGUCAACAUUUUAUGACAUUAAAAAGAAUAAGAAAUUGAUUUUGGACUUUGUACUGAAGCAGGACAUGCCGUUAGCAGGGGCUGAGAAGAGAAAGAGGACAACAGGAGCCAAAUAUGGUGAUGUGGAUGAUGCAGUCUACAUGUGGUACCAGCAGAAACGCUCAGCUGGCGUCCCUGUUAGAGGUGUGGAGCUUCAGGCUGCUGCAGAGAGAUUCGCACAGUGUUUUGGGCGAACAGACUUUAAAGCUAGCACUGGUUGGCUUUUUAGAUUUCGAAAUAGGCACGCAAUUGGGAAUCGAAAAGUUUGUGGGGAACAAGUCCUAAGUUCAGCUUCAGAAAAUGUUGAACCAUUUCGACGAAAACUCUACAUGCUUAUCAAAGAGGAGAAACUGAGUCUAGCUCAGCUGUACAGUGGGGAUGAGACUGACCUCUUUUGGAAGUCAAUGGCAGAAAACAUUCAGGCAAGCAGAAAAGAGAUCUGCCUGCCUGGGAGGAAAAUAAACAAAGAACGGUUGUCUGCUCUUUUAUGUGCAAAUGCAGAUGGAACUCAUAAGUUAAAGUCAAUCAUUAUUGGAAAAUCAAAGCUGCCCCAAAGUGUGAAAGAGGACACAAAUACAUUACCUGUGAUAUAUAAGCCUAGUAAAGAUGUUUCGUUCACCAGGGAAUUGUUUUCAGAAUGGUUCUUUCAAAACUUUGUUCCCGAGGUCAGGCAUUUUCAACUUAAUGUAUUAGGAUUCCAUGAAGAGGAUGUCAGGGCCUUGUUACUUCUGGACAGUUCUCCAGUUCACUCUCCCACCGAAUCACUAACCAGUGAGGAUGGUCGAAUAAAAUGCAUGUUCUUUCCCCAUAACACUUCAACCUUGAUUCAGCCAAUGAAGCAAGGUGUGAUUUUGAGCUGCAAACGACUUUAUAGGUGGAAGCAACUUGAAGAGAGUCUUGUAAUUUUUGAAGAAAGUGAUGAUGAGCAAGAUAAAGGAGAAAAAGGAGUUUCCAAGAUUAAAAUCUACAACAUAAAAAGUGCAAUUUUUAACUGGGCAAAGAGUUGGGAUGAAGUGAAACAAAUAACUAUAGCAAAUGCAUGGGAAAAUCUUCUUUACAAAAAGGAACCUGAAUAUGAUCUUCAAGGCUUACAAGAUGGAGAUUAUAGAGAAAUCCUGGAGAAAUGUGGGGAGUUGGAAACCACACUGACUGAUGAUAGAGUGUGGUUCAACAGGGAUGAUGAAGAAAAGGGUAGCCCCGCAAAAACAAAAAGUGGAAUUACAAAGGAAGUUGUUCAGAAAGGAGGAGGAGCUGAAGAGCAGACUGCUGAAUUUAAGUUACCUGCUGUCAGAGAGAGUUUGGACUACCUACUUGACUUUGUUGAUGCCACACCUGAGUUUCAGAGGUUCCAUUUCACACUGAAAGAGAUGCAACAAGAAAUAAUAAAAAAAGAGUUCCAGAGUAGAAUCCAUUCUAGGAUUGGUAGUUUUUUGAAACCUAGGCCUCGUGUUAUGAAGGAUUCCUUCAAUAUGCCUUCAACUUCUAGUAAUUAGAUUUUGUGUUUAAAGGUUUCUGUAGUUAUGUAUGAUGCAGACCUGUUAUGAAUUGUCAUUUUUAUCAGCUGACCUCAUUUUGCAUAGCACUGCCCAUUUAUAUAUUGUUUAUAAUACAUACAACUUAAAAAUAAAUUUCCUUAGAAUAUAAAAA